GGAGCGGGGCUGGGGCUGGGGCUGGGGCUGUGGUGAACUGGUGUCCCCGCUGAGUCCCGCUGCAGGGAGGAUCAUGAGAGCACAGGCGAGGCUGCCCCUGAUCCUGCCGAGGUCACUACCGUUCCUGCUGCUGCUGCUGGCUGUGCGCGGGCCAGCGGAAGACGUGCCUACCUACCCGUGGUGGGAUGUGGCCACGCGGGAGUGGCUGACGUGUGGCCAGUGCCCCCCAGGCACCUUCGUGCACCGGCCGUGCAGCAGGGACCAGCCCACGACGUGCCGCCAGUGCCCGCCGCACCACUACACGCAGUUCUGGAACUACCUGGAGCGCUGCCGGUACUGCAACGUGGUCUGCGGGGAGCACGAGGAGGAAGCGCGGCCUUGCUCCGUCGUCCACAACCGGGCCUGCCGCUGCCGCCCAGGCUUCUUCGAGUUCGCGGGCUUCUGCCUGGAGCACACGCCCUGCCCGCCUGGCUAUGGAGUGGUUGCCCUUGGCACCCCCACCCAGGACACACAGUGCCAGCAAUGUCCCCCAGGCACCUUCUCGGCCAACAGCUCCAGCUCAGGGCAGUGCCAGCCCCACCGCAACUGCACAGCCUUGGGCCUGGUCCUCAACGUGCCGGGCACCCCCUUCCAUGACGCCAUGUGCACCAGCUGCACAGGCCCUCCACUCAGCACUCCAGAGCCAGGGGGUGCAGGGCCUGACCCUCCCACAGGGACCGAGGAGUGUGAGCGCGCCCUUGUGGACUUCGUGGCUUUCCAGAACGUCUCCUUCAGGAGACUCCUGCAGCUGCAGCAGGCCCUGUCGGGUCCGGGGGCAUGGACUCCCCGUCGGCCCUGGGAGGACCGCAUGUCCUUGCAGCAGACGCUGCAGAGGCAACUCAUGAAGCUCCGUGAGGCCCGGCCAGGGGCGUUGGUGGCGGGGCUGCUGCAGGCCCUGCACACAGCCAGGCUGCCGGGGGUGGAGCGCACUAUCCGAAAGCGCUUCUUCCUGGCCAGCUGAGCCCCGUAUUUAUUCUACUGACCGGGCACCGCGUGUCGUUUUUAUAAACCCUUUUGUAAAAUUGAUUGUGUAGGACAGUGCUGUGUGUCGGUGGUGGACUGAGGCAGACCUUGAUGGCAGGGAGGAUCAUGGGAAGUGGCCAGUGGGUGGAGGUGGGGCCUUCCCGCUGUGGGCACAGGGGAGCUGAGGCUCACUCCAUGGCCCGCCCCCAAGCUGAGCUCUGGGUAGCUGGGAGGGUGGAGGGUAGGUCAGGGCCAGUCAAGGAGUGGCAGUGCCCAGGGGGUCACCAAGUCCAGGGGCUCUGCUGUGAAAGAGGACUCAGCGACUGCCCCCUCCCUUUGAGUUCCACCCACUCCCUACCGCAGGGGACUUCCCAGGAGACCAGUGUCCCACUAGCUUUCUGGGAAAUGGCUUUUCCCUCGGGGCAGGAUCACACCCUCACAAUGGGAACCCAGGGAACAAGGGACUAAGCGGCUCCAGGGUGGGUGGAGGGGUGGGGGAUGGGACUCCCAGCCCUAGCUGCCCCGCCUCCCAAAAGGCCCAGGACUUCCCCUGCCACUGGGUCCCCAGCCCCAUCCCUGACUCAUCCCUUUCCCAGCAGCUCCUCUCAGGUCUCCUCUGGGGAGG